CGCUGUGGCUGCUCUCAAGAGCCUGCUGAAGCCAAGAGAGGAGAGGACGCUAGCGCGGAGAGCAUGAGAAACUGGUGUCUGUGUCAGAUUUGCACCUGCGGAACUUUUCUUCCUUGCAGUCCCCCGAGGUUUCCUACCCAAGAUUUAAGCUAAAAUACAGUCCAGGCCAGACGGCAUCGUUGUCCACAUGGAGUCACAAGGGUUUAUGAACAUUCUGGCAUAUCUUGCCCCACAACGGAGUAUUUGGAAAAAUAUCCAAAAUAUGGCGAUGUUCUUCCACCUCAGAGUCUUAAGCCAAAGCAAGAACUUCAAGCAUACCAUGGUAAAAUGGAAGGAGUAACCACAUUUAAGUCAGAUUAUCGCCCUUAUGAAGUAGUCAAGCAGCCUCGCCACAUACCGGAAGAAUAUAAACCCAAACAGGGGGAAAUUGAUCUGGGUACUACCUACAAGCGAGAUUUUAACCCUUACAAAGUACAGCCUGUGGUAAAAGUCCGACCUGUGGAAAGACAGCAAGUUAAAAAAGGAAAGCUGGACACUGUCCCAACUUAUAAAGAUGAUUAUAGAUCUUGGGAUAUUCAGAAAUGUGAACUGUGCAAACCAGAGCAAGCUUACCAUCCCCCAGAUGUGAAAUUUGGAAAUUCAACUACCUUUCAGGAUGACUAUGUUCCCCAGGAGAUAAGGCCUAGGCACAGCUUUAAGCCCUGCUCUGUGGUCAAGUGUUCUGUCCCCCCUUUUAAUGGUGAUACAAGCCAUCGUCGAGAUUUUGUACCUCAUCAGCUAGAAGUCAAGUUUGCAAGGCCAAAAGAAGUGUAUAAGCCAACUGACCAGCCUUUCGAGGAUCUCACCACUCAUCGGAAUGACUUUCAGGGUCUUACUGGUGAAACUGCAAAAAUCUGCAGACCUGCCUAUACCAGGGUGACCCAAAGUGCUCAGUUCAAAGGAAGCACUGAAUUCCGUGACAGCUUCCAACCAUGGGAAAUCCCACCACCUGAAGUCAAGAAGGUAGCAGAGUAUGUGCCCCCUUCAGGAAACAUGCAGUUAAACAGCACCAGCCACCUCGACUAUGUUCCCUAUCAGGCCAGCCGCGUUGUUGCCAUUAGGCCAGUUUCUCACAGAAGGAAAAGCAAUUUUCCUUUCCAAGGAAAAAGCACCAUGAAGGAAGAUUUUCCAGCGUGGGAAAGUUGUCGUCAAGGACUUAUUAAGCAGCAGCAACAGAUUCCCAACCCAUCUGGAAAAUUUGAUGGUUUGAGCACUUUCAGAUCUCACUUUGUGCCACAUGAAUUGAUUCCAACAGAGAGCUGCAGGCCUUUAAAUGCUGCUCCUAAGAGUUUGGCUCCACUUGAUGAUGUCACCAUGUAUUCUAUACAAUACACACCCAAGAAACAGGAAAUCUGCCCAGCUAGUUAUCCUUCUCCACCAGGUUACAUAUUUGAAAACACAAAUUCCCAAGGACAUAAAUUUUUUCGCAAAAUUAUUCCUGCAGUGAAGGCCGUUUAGUAAUCAAAUAAUGUUUAAAAGAAAGCUAAUGAAUAGUUGGUUUCUUAAAGAGAAACCCAAACUUUUAUAGUGAAAAAUAUUAUGAGCUAUACCGCAUUAUUUUUGAACAAGUUGCAACAUAUAUAUCAGAAUUCCCAAAUCUAUUUUGUACUAAUAUUUUAACCAAGAAUGCUCUCUGUUAAUUUGUUUUACUUUUUGAACUAGGGUCUCCCCAUUUAGCACAGGCUAGCCUGAGAUGUGCAGUCCACCUGUAUCAGUCUUCUGAUCCAAGAACGUUCUGUAACAGGCAUUUCUGAAGCCUGAAUGAUGUGCAUACUCAUCUACACAUGCU